GUGAAUGGUAGCAGUCACAAAAAUAGAAAAACCAGGCAGCACAUCCAGGCUAUCCAGCUAAGCGUGACUGAGAGAGAGCCAGGUAUCAAACCAACAAUAAGGCAAAGCAAAAAGCGACAGAGUGAGUAGAGAGAGAGAAGAGAGAUAGACGCGUCGCCUCCGAUUCGCAUUAGGGCAAAAUGGCGGUGGUGCAGUACCUGUUGGCCUGGAUCUUCGCCUCCGUGUUAGGUCUCAUAGCGGUGGUGAAGAGGCGGAGCAACAAUCCCCGAGCUUCGCCGGAGGAGAGAAGCAGCGGCGAGUGCCUCAAGAGCAGUGUCACCGUCUCAAACGCGGAAUGCAGAUCGGCUCACGACGACGUUGACGUCAUCAUCGUCGGAGCCGGUGUUGCCGGCUCUGCUCUGGCUCACACUCUCGGAAAGGAUGGACGUCGAGUGCAUGUGAUUGAACGAGACUUGACAGAGCCAGACCGAAUUGUUGGUGAACUAUUACAACCUGGAGGCUACCUCAAAUUAAUUGAGCUGGGACUUGAAGAUUGUGUGGAAAAAAUUGAUGCUCAGAGGGUGUUUGGUUAUGCCCUUUUCAAGGAUGGGAAAAAUACUAGACUCUCUUACCCCUUGGAGAAAUUUCACUCAGAUGUGUCUGGGAGGAGCUUUCACAAUGGCCGUUUCAUACAGAGGAUGCGAGAGAAAGCGGCAACUCUUCCCAAUGUGCAAUUGGAGCAAGGAACAGUUACUUCUCUGCUUGAAGAAAAGGGAACAAUUAAGGGUGUGCAAUACAAGACUAAAACAGGUCAAGAGAUGACAGCAUAUGCACCUCUUACUAUUGUUUGUGAUGGUUGUUUCUCUAACUUGCGACGCUCUCUUUGCGAUCCUAAGGUGGAUGUGCCUUCUUGUUUUGUUGGGUUGGUUCUGGAGAACUGUGAUCUUCCACAUGCAAAUCAUGGGCAUGUUAUCUUAGCAGACCCUUCCCCUAUUUUGUUCUAUCAGAUCAGUAGUACGGAGGUUCGUUGUCUGGUUGAUGUACCUGGACAAAAGGUUCCUUCCAUUUCAAAUGGUGAAAUGGCCAAGUAUUUGAAGACUGUGGUGGCUUCUCAGAUUCCCCCUCAAAUUUAUGAUGCCUUCAUAGCUGCAGUUGAUAAAGGUAACAUCAGGACAAUGCCUAACAGAAGCAUGCCUGCCGCUCCCUAUCCUACUCCUGGAGCCUUAUUGAUGGGGGAUGCAUUCAAUAUGCGCCACCCGCUAACUGGGGGAGGAAUGACUGUGGCAUUGUCUGAUAUUGUUGUGCUCCGGGAUCUUCUCAGGCCUUUGCGCGCCCUAAAUGAUGCACCUACUCUGUCCAAAUAUCUUGAAUCUUUUUACACUCUGCGGAAGCCAGUGGCAUCCACCAUAAAUACAUUGGCAGGGGCCCUUUAUAAGGUCUUUUCUUCUUCUCCUGAUCAAGCAAGGAAGGAAAUGCGCCAGGCUUGCUUUGAUUAUCUAAGUCUCGGAGGUGUAUUCUCUAUGGGACCAAUCUCUCUACUCUCAGGACUAAACCCUCGCCCCUUGAGUUUGGUUACCCAUUUCUUUGCUGUUGCAGUAUAUGGUGUUGGUCGACUUUUGCUGCCAUUCCCAUCACCUAAACGCGUUUGGAUUGGUGCCAGACUAAUUUCUAGUGCCUCGGGAAUCAUUUACCCCAUAAUUAAGGCAGAAGGGGUUAGACAAAUGUUUUUUCCUGCAACAGUUCCAGCGUAUUACAGAACGCCCGUCUCAAGUGAAAAGAUGACAAAGAAAGCUGAUGGCAGAAAUUGAAGAUGCCGUGAAAAUUCAAUGCAUUAAAUGGACAGUAGAUCCUUGGAAGUAGAUUUUGUAUCCUAGGGACUUCAUAAGUUCAUUCUUUCUAGUAUAUAAUUGACCCAAAAAAAGACGGUACUUCUAAAUUCUAAUGCAUUGCUCAUUUUAUUGGACGUC